UUCAAACCUGACUAGAGGAAAAGUGAAAGCGGGGGACUGAGAGCAAGGGCUGAAGCAUUGCUGCUGGAGGAGAAGGCACGAUCCACGACCCAUGGAAACCCUGACGAGCCAUUUAGACGACAAUCUCAGCCAAUCUCUCCUCUCAGAACCAUCGCCAAUAGAAGUUCAGCCUCCAGAAAAACAAACAUUUGCCAGAAAGCUCUGGGUUGAGACCCAGAAACUAUGGGUCAUCGUGGGUCCCUCUAUCUUCGCCCGCAUUUCCGCUUUCACCAUGAACGUCGUCACCCAAGCUUUCGCCGGUCACCUCGGCGAAGUUCCUCUUGCCGCCAUCUCCAUCGCCAACACUGUCAUCGUCGGCUUCAACUUCGGCCUUCUGCUGGGAAUGGCAAGCGCCUUGGAGACGCUGUGCGGGCAGGCGUUCGGAGCAGGGAGGCACCGCAUGUUGGGAAUAUUCAUGCAAAGGUCAUGGAUUGUUCUGUUCCUUUGCUGUUUCUUACUACUGCCAGUGUACGUGUUCGCUGCUCCGAUCCUGAAACUGUUAGGCCAAUCAGAAGAGGUGGCGGAGGAGUCUGGGAUUGUGGCAUUGUGGCUCAUACCGCUUCACUUCAGCUUUGCGUUUCAGUUCCCUCUGCAGAGGUUUCUGCAGAGCCAGCUGAAGGCAGGAGUGGUGGCAUGGGUUUCGCUGGUGGGUUUAGUGGUUAAUGUGGUAACAAGUUGGGUCUUCGUGUACGUGUUGGAUUUUGGGGUGGUGGGUGCGGCCCUUGCUCUCGACAUAUCGUGGUGGGUCUUGGUGUUUGGGAUGUACGGAUACUUAGUUUGUGGGGGGUGUCCUUUAACUUGGACAGGUUACUCCAUGGAAGCCUUCUCGGGACUGUGGGAAUACCUCAAACUGUCUGUUGCUUCCGGUGUCAUGCUCUGCUUAGAGAACUGGUACUACAGGAUACUUAUACUGAUGACGGGGCAUUUGAAGAAUGCCACAAUUGCUGUGGAUGCCUUGUCCAUAUGCAUGACCAUCAACGGAUGGGAAAUGAUGAUUCCUCUGGCUUUCUUCGCCGGUGCUGGGGUGAGGGUGGCGAACGAGCUGGGAAGUGGGAACGGAAAAGCAGCAAAAUUUGCGAUGCAAGUGUCAGUGGCAGAGUCAUCGGUGACGGGGCUCCUUUUCUUCGUCAUUGUAUUGGCAUUCCACCACCAACUCGCAUCCAUCUUCACCUCCACCUCCGAUGUGCUCGAGGCCGUCGACCACAUUGACUACCUCUUAGCCAUCACCAUUCUCCUCAACAGUGUUCAGCCCGUCUUGUCCGGUGUGGCGGUGGGUUUGGGGUGGCAGGCCACGGUGGCAUAUAUAAAUGUAGGAUGCUACUACAUUAUUGGGCUCCCGGUCGGAUUUUUGUUGGGCUGGAUCUUCAAACUGGGCGUUCAGGGCAUAUGGGGUGGCAUGAUCUUUGGUGGAACGGCUAUUCAAACCCUCUUACUCGUCAUAAUCACUGCACGAUGCGACUGGGAUAAAGAGGCUGAUAAAGCUAAUACCCGAGUUAACAAGUGGUCAAGCUCUAGCCCGCCUUGAUUAUCAAUCACAUGCCUCAUUUUGACGCCAUGCUAAGACCGCAAAUGCGCGCAGUUCAUUCCUUCGACAUUGUAAUGACAAGUUGUUCAUUCGCCUUCAAUGUGAAUUGGUUUUCAUUAUUUAGCUGUUGAUUAUUAAUUUCCGGGUUACGUUUUAGGAACAGCGAGAAUAAAAUUAACGAUGAGAGAGUUCCCUGAUGGCAAAAUUUAUGGCAUGCCAUCAACUACUCAAGUACUACAAUAUACUCCCAGUCCGAUUAAUUAUCAAAUUUUCAACGGUUUAUAAACUCAAAUCCAAAGACUCGUUACCAUUUCAUUCUUUUAUUCCCCCUCUUUUGGG